CUCGAAUAUUCAACGUGAUUCAUGUGGGAACCUGCUGUAGAAAUCCAGUAACAUCGUCGAUUCUACAGCGAAAGGAAACCUUUUCAACCAUCCAUCAUGCCACCGGCACCCAAAAGUAACCCGACAAAGAAGUCAGAGUACAAAGAUAAAGAAAAACCUACACAAAUCCGAUUCAGCAACAUCACCGCCGCAAAGGCUGUUGCUGAUGCUGUCCGAACAAGUCUUGGCCCUAGGGGCAUGGACAAGAUGAUCCAGGCCUCAAAUGGUGAUGUUACAAUCACUAAUGAUGGGGCAACAAUCCUGAAGCAAAUGAUGGUUCUCCACCCUGCAGCAAAAAUGCUUGUGGAGCUGUCAAAAGCCCAGGAUGUUGAGGCAGGAGACGGCACCACAUCUGUUGUAGUCAUCGCUGGCAGUCUGUUAGACGCCUGCUCAAAACUACUCGCUAAAGGGAUUCAUCCAACAAGUAUAUCGGAAGCAUUCCAGAAAGCUUCAACAAAAGCAGUAGAGAUCUUGGAGAGCAUUGUUAAACCAUUAGAAUUGUCUGAUCGUGAAUCUUUGCUGAAGAGUGCAUCAACCUCUCUCAACUCCAAGGUGGUGUCCCAGUACUCCGGAAUUCUGUCUCCUAUUGCUGUAGAUGCGGUGUUGAAAGUCAUCAAUCCUUCAACAGCUACCAAUGUAGACCUCCGAGACAUCAAAGUCGUCAAGAAACUUGGUGGAACUAUUGAAGAUACAGAGUUGAUAGAUGGAAUAGUGUUUAACCAGAAGAGUGCUGGAACAGGUGGACCUAACAGAGUAGAAAAGGCCAAGGUUGGACUUAUACAGUUCUGUGUGUCUCCGCCCAAAACAGAUAUGGACAAUUCUGUAGUAGUAUCCGAUUACUCUCAGAUGGACAGGGUAUUACGAGAGGAAAGACAAUAUAUCCUUGAUAUAGUAAAGAAGAUUAAAAAGGCAGGCUGUAAUGUUCUUCUAAUCCAGAAAUCUGUGCUGAGAGAUGCUGUUAGUGACUUGGCUCUUCAUUUCUUUGCUAAAAUGAAAAUUAUGGUCAUCAAAGAUAUUGAAAGGGAAGAUGUGGAGUUUAUAUGCAAGGGUUUGGGAUGCAGACCAAUAGCCAGUCUGGAUCAUUUCUUACCAGAAAAUCUUGGAUCUGCAGAUUUGUUUGAGGAAAUUCAAACUGGACCUAGUAAAAUUGUUAAGGUUACAGGUAUCCCCAUGCAAGGAAAGACUGUGACCGUUCUCAUUAGAGGCUCAAACAAGCUGGUCUUGGAAGAAGCUGACAGAUCUAUCCAUGACGCCCUCUGUGUAAUCCGUUGUCUUGUCAAAAAGAAGGCUUUGAUUGCUGGUGGUGGGGCUCCAGAGACUGAGUUGUCUCUUCAGCUGAUGGACCACGCUAAUUCCUUGACAGGUGUAGAACAAUACUGCUUCAGGGCAUUUGCAGAGGCCCUGGAGGUGAUUCCAUUUACUCUGGCAGAAAAUGCUGGCCUCAACCCCAUUGCUACAGUUACAGAGCUCAGGAACAGACAUGCCAAGGGAGAGAAGACUGCUGGCAUUAACGUUCGUAAGGGAGCCAUUACCAAUAUCCUGGAGGAGAAUGUUGUCCAGCCGAUUCUCGUGUCCACAAGUGCUAUCCACCUUGCCUCGGAGACUGUCCGAAGCAUCAUGAAAAUUGAUGAUAUUGUAAACUGUAUGCGUUAAAUUAUUUAAAGAUCUAUUAGAGAAUUGUUCCCUCUGCAUCAAAGUAAGGUUUCCAAUUGAACAAAGAGAGAUGGACAAUCAUGGUUCCCACACUUGUUACAUCAGCGGAGAACUUUGAAGUGUGUAUGUGAAGUACAUGUGCUGCAAGUGAAGCUCGGGAGUUAACACUCAUCAUUGACAGUGAAAAUACAACAAAAAGAUUAACUACACGUCUUGUGUAUGAAAUAAACCAGCAUCAUGCUGGAUUUCGAUAAUUUUGUUACAGAACUUAAAUUGAACAUUCAACGCUUAUGUUGUUAUUUAACCAUUUGGUGUUCUCUCAUCAAAUCUUCAUAUUUAUGUGUAAAUGUGUGAUAAUAUAUGUGCUGCCUGUCCUUUUGAUAAGUAAAAUUUGAGAUAUC